UUCGUAGUUAGGGAAACCGGAACGAUGGGAAGCGGGAAGGGGGAACCUGGCCUGAUAUUUCAAUUUGGCGGGAAAACCUGAUCGACUUUGCCGCCACCAAAAGGAUCCUUCCCAUAUCUAUCUUUCUCAUCGCUCGUAAUGAUCUGAGAAUCUCCGUCUUCAGACGCAGAAAGAGAAUCAUAAGGAAAUAUGCAGAUUCGCGUGAAAUGCAACUGUGGGGAAGGAGAUUGUUCAGAAUGGGCCAUCGUUGAACUUCAAGGCGUUGUCGAAGCGCAACCUUCGUUUCAAGAUCGCCUCCAGAACCUCGAGAUCGGCGUUCUCUGCCGCCCUUCUUUUCAGGAAGUCUAUACUUUGACUAUCGGAUACCAUGAGUUGACAGGAUCGAAAGUUCCCUUAAAGAAGCCAGUUCUGGUGCUGAAGAAAGUCAAACAGUCCGAUGUAGACAGCGGCUGCGAGAAUAAUGGUAGCGUGGAGCUUCAAGUCAUUGGAAUCAUUAGGCAUCGCAUUUUGUUCAAAACCAGACCGAAAGCCCUCAUUUCAAAACCAAAAGUAGAAGCCAAGGAAAGACAAAGGCCCGUCAUGUGAGGCUCUGUUCCUUCCCAACAAUCAGCAUAACACCACACUGUUUAAUAUCAUUCUCAGGGGUUGGCCCCUCUCACAAAAAAUCUCGGUUCGAGGUCACCACUGGACCGGAAAGGUCAAGAAGCACCAUCAGAGACUUUGACGAUAAACUUCAUAUCAUUCUUAUCCCUGUAUUGUAAACCAUGAUUGAUGUAUCGACAUUACUAGCAACCACAUUAUCUGAGAGGGACCGCCAUUUCUCUCCUGGAUAACUUUGUGAUGUCACUUUUUAGUUUUUUUUUGUUUUUGGGAUACAUUGUCACUUUUUAGUUUUAGGGUAUACCCAUUUAAAAUAUCUACUUCCUGUAAUUUUAAAAUCAUCUUUUAUU